AUGUCGCGCGAUAUUUGGGCAGUUCCGCUUCAGCUCAACAACUUCAACAUCGUCUUGGCUCUGCUGGGCGGCUUCAUCUCGCUGUUUGGCCUGGUCUCGUUUCUUCUCAAGGAGAAUUACUAUCUCUCUGAAGCUCUCAUUUCCCUUUUGGUCGGCCUCGCGUUUGGUCCUAAUGGCGCAGACUUCAUAAGACCCAAGGACUAUGCGCAAUGUUCCGUAGAGGGCAUCUCCGAUGAGGACUGUCAACGGAACCUCAAUACCAUCACUCUCAAUUUCUCCCGCCUCGUCCUGGGCGUGCAGCUUGUCCUGGCAGGUGUCCAACUUCCGAGCAAGUACCUACGCAUGGAAUGGAAGUCUCUGAGUCUACUGCUGGGUCCGGGAAUGACAGGCAUGUGGAUAGCCACAAGCCUCCUCGUCUGGGGUCUUUCUGGGACGUCUAGCGUUCUACACGCCCUCGCCAUUGGCGCCUGUGUGACGCCAACGGAUCCUGUACUCUCCGCCGUCAUCGUCAAGGGAAAAUUCGCCGAUCAGAAUAUCCCAAAGGACCUCCAGGAUCUUAUCGUCGCCGAGUCGGGCGCCAACGACGGACUCGGAUACCCGUUUCUUUUCUUUGCUUUGUAUCUCAUCAAGUAUGUCGGCUCGGGUGCCACAUCGGGCGGUGCCGGCGACGCCAUGGGCCUGUGGUUCGCCUAUACUUGGGGGUAUACAAUCAUUCUGAGCAUCUUGUAUGGUGCUGUGGUCGGGUGGAUAGCCAAGGAACUCCUUCACUGGGCCGAGGAGCACAACUACGUUGAUCGCGAAAGUUUCCUCGUCUUUGCCAUUGCCCUCGCCUUGUUUGUCCUCGGCACUUGCGGGCUGGUUGGAACCGAUGACGUUCUUGCCUGUUUCAUCGCUGGAAACACAUUUACGUGGGAUGACUGGUUCCGCCUGGAGACCAAAGACGACUCUCUGCAGCCAACAAUCGACAUGCUCCUCAACGUCACCAUCUUUUUGUGGUAUGGCGCAUUCCUCCCCUGGGAAGACUUCGGCAGCAGCUCUGUCAUCUCUACCUGGCGCGUGGUGGUCCUCGGUCUCCUCGUACUCCUCUUAAGGCGGUUGCCUUGGGUAUUUCUCAUGCAUAAGCGUAUCCCCCAGAUCGUGGAUACCAAACAGGCAAUUUUUGUGGGCUUCUUUGGUCCCAUUGGCGUCUCGGCCAUCUUUUACCUGUUUAUUACCCUCGAGUUCAUCGAAGAGCAUCUCACCGAUGCGAAUGGGAUUACGAGGAGCGAUGUGAAGGAUCUCGGCGAGCUGGUUCGAAUUAUCGUCUGGUUUCUUACUGUUUGUAGUGUUGUCAUCCAUGGAUUGAGCAUCCCGCUUGGAAAGUUGGGAUAUCUCGCGCCCAGGAGAGUCGGCCGGGUUCUCAGCGAGACGUUCAGCGAUGAGCCACACUUGGUUGAAGCCCGACGAAAGAUCCCCAUUAUUGGAAAAUACCUGGUUGUUGAGCCCAAGCCAAGGGCUACGGGUCCUGUUGUCAUAUUGGACAGUCGGCCCCUUCAUUCGCGACCUGUCGCACCGACCAGCCCUGCGGACGCGAAUGCCCAGACUGAUGCUACCACUGGUACCGACACUCCUGUAGUUGGCGAGUCCGGGACGACAACUCCUCGACGGGACCGUGAAAUUCGAUUUACGGAUGAGGUGGUGUAG